AGUGACACCAGCUGAGCUCUGUUUAUACGCGGCAGUGUUUCUGUCAGCAGAAUGCUGUAAUAUAAUGUAAUGUAAUGUAAUAUAAUAUAAUAUAAGACCUUGGCGUGUAAACAGAGGCGCGUCAGUGAAGCAGCUCUGAUAAACAGGACUCUGCUGUAGUGGCACAUUUUACUUGCAGUUUGGCUUCAGGGGUUAUUUAAACACCUAAAUUCUCUUUCUAAGGGAGAUCAGUUAAUCUGAUCGGUAUUAUACUGACAUGAUGUGCACGCUGAGCCUCGUUGCAGCUGUUUUCAUGGCUCACGUUGUGUCUGUGAGCAGCUCGGAACAAAACGUCGACCCUAAUGUACUCAAAGCGGCCGACUUUGCCAUCAGGUUCCACAAUGGCAUGGCGAACUAUCCUUAUGCGUAUAAAGUCGUGGACAUCCUGUCUGACUCUGCUGAGAUCUACCCUCCUGCCCGAGUGAAGUACACAAUAGAAGCGCAAGCUGCUCAGACGACGUGCAGAAACAACGGCCGCAUGAACCUGGAGAACUGCAGCGUUGCGGCGAACGCACAAACGAUGAUCUGCAACUUCGUGGUUCUGGCGGUUCCAGGAGACAACACGGUUCCUCAACAUGUUCUGUCACAGCUCUGUGCCUGACGUGUCCUUCAUCGAACCGCACGAGUGACUGCACUGUAGUUUUGUUUUGCCUUUUCAAAAUGUAGACCGUUUCCUGAGAAAUCGGGGAAAGAUUUUCCUUGAGAAACAUCCCGUAUCGUGUUUCCUUUCCUUGGAGAAGCUCCGUAUUGAAUAAAACACUUACGUGGCAUGCUGUUGUCGGAAAAUAAUCAACAACGAGAUGACAUAAUGCAUCUCGAAAUGAAGCGGGCUUACUGUUAGUUGAUUAUUUUCCUAUAAAAGGACGUCCUGAAAUGUUUUAUUCCUUAAAGAUCGGCAUCGUUUUCAUCCGCUUGUAGUUACAUGUAACGUUUAGGAACACAUGAAACAAGUUACUUCCUGUUAUCACUUUAGUUAUAGCGGCUGUAAGCGGUUGGCGUCGGUCCUGAAGACUUUCCCGUGGUGUAAAACUCACUUACAGCUGUUACAAACUUACACUGACACUGGAGACUCAUUCCAUAAACAAACGCCGCCUCAUAGAAAACUUUACCACGACGUGGUGUUUUUUAAUCUGUUGAUUAGCAUUGGGCGUAGACUACGCGGCGCUUUCGCCAAACUAUCCAAGUGUAAGUCGUUACCAUAGAAACGAUGACGCUGUUAUAGUAAAUGAAACAACCUUCCGACCAAUCGUAAUCGAGAAUUCACAUUCGGCAGCGCUGUGGUGUAAGUUUAUCACUAUUUGAACGUUAGACUGGAGGUGGAAUAGCACUUUUAUGCACUUUUAAUAGCACUUUUAUGUAUAAAAUAAGCAGAUGAACAGUGACAUGUUCGCAGUGUGAAGUUCUCAGACCCUGCUCAGAGAGAGUGUGUGUUGCUACAAUGUAUUUAUUCACACCUGACCUUUACUUUGGAAACGUCGGAGUAAGGAACGAGCUUCAGAGCUCACAGCAGCUCAGCAUCGUGCGUUUCUAUAGAGAUACUAACUGCAUAAAACACUAAUAACCUGAUCUCCGGACGCGGCGGGGUCCGUGUGGGCUUUUAAACAACACCACUGCUGUUAUCAUUACAAUAAUCCUGAAAUAAAGAGGAAAGAAUUUG